AAAUAGUGGCCACAGAUUUUGAUUACAUGACAAUCGCGACGCCAAGUCAUUAUACAUAUGCGAUUGUCGCGAAAUACGAAUUAAUAUGACAUUAACGAGCGGGAUGAUCCAGCGGUACACACACGUGUACGUGGCACUCGGCCGUUUCGUAAAGGCGACGAUCAGUGUUUUUUAAUCGGUGCCCCUCUCUCCGUGCCAUUGUUUCCCAUUGUUUACGCCCGCCAGCAAUGCCAUACAGUUGUUCAUAUACUUCAAAACGGUCAUACGCGCGGCGAUCGCGGCCGAUCUCUCGUCAGCACGCAAGCUCGCGCGAGUGAGGUACAUACGUAUACAUACAUACAUACCCGCGGCUACGCGACUCGUCCGGCGAAAAACAAUUCGCGCGCGCGCGCGCGCGAGACAUUCGUGGCAUUGUCGCGCACGGCCAGUGCUUCGCGCCGUUCGUUCGUCGCGCGGACUACCGUGCGACCGACACGAUGGAAUAAGUGAUCGCGGUUGUCGCGAAACUGGAAGCUGAAGAAAACCCUGAUCGUCGUGACUAGGCGACGACUGAAGCGCAAUCGUGCUUGCCGCAACGUCUCUGAUACCUGAAAAAAAAAACACGGAAGAUCUGAAGUAAACGGUUCGAAAUUUCUCUCAGGAAUUCAAGGGAAGAUCUGAAGUGAACGAUUCUAAAUUUCUCUCAGGAUAAUGCGCGGUCUGACAAUUCAUGACUUCAUCGCACGGACCGGAGUGAACGAUUUGUCGCGCGACGAGAAGAGAGCAUCAAGGGAGGCGCAUAAUGUGAUCGUCCCGAAAUAAUUCAACGUAUAUAUAUAUAUAUGUAUAUAUAUAUAUAUAUAUAUACAUAUACAAGAAAGAAAAAAAAAUCCAUUGCCUUCAUUCAUCUUACGAGCGAGACGAAAUAUAUAGCAUCUCUUGAUGCCGGCAAACGAUUUCUGCCAAACGUGCCCGAGUCCCGCAGGAGCAUGCCACUAGAACGUUGUCGCUCGUUCGCGUAGCCUUGCGUAAUAAGAAAUUUCCUCGGAGAACAUAAUGGAGGAUAUAAAAGUGCCGAACCUAGGACAGGCCGCGUCGGCCGCGUGUUCUAUGGCGACCAAUUUCCUGGCGCCGGUGAAGACCGAGCGCCAAAUCUACGAGAACUCGAUGCUCGAGGACGAUCCCAAUGCCAACUCGGUGGUGCCGACCUCGCAGGAGGAGGACAGGACUGUGCCCAGGUGGGGCCCGACUCACAAAGGCGCCCAGGAACUCGCGAAUCUAUACAGCACCGGGAAGAGAACGCAAGAGUGCAUCUGCGUGGGGAUCUGCAUCACUCUCAUAGCCGUGAAUUCUAUGUUCGUGCUCAUUAAGUUACGGCUGGAAAACUUGAGUUCCAUAGCAAUAGCUGCACUGUGCGGUAUCAUCACCGCCGACUUUGGCUCCGGCUUGGUUCACUGGGCCGCGGACACCUGGGGAUCCGUUGAACUUCCGAUUCUGGGGAAGAAUUUUCUACGACCAUUCCGCGAGCAUCACAUAGAUCCCACCAGUAUAACGAGACACGAUUUCAUAGAGACUAACGGCGAUAAUUUUAUGGUCGCGAUACCAGUCCUAUCCAAGCUCACAUGGGACUUUCUAACGCUGUCCGAAGUGGAGAUGCAACAGAAGUUCGUGUGGACGUGCUAUUGGUUCCUGCUUGCCAUUUUUGUAGCAAUGACUAAUCAGAUACAUAAGUGGUCGCAUACGUAUUUCGGAUUACCCGCCUGGGUCAUAUGGCUUCAGGAGCACAGGAUUAUCCUGCCGAGGAAGCAUCACCGUGUCCACCACGUCGCGCCCCACGAGACUUACUUUUGCAUCACCACGGGAUGGCUGAACUGGCCGUUAGAGAAGCUUCACUUUUGGUACAUCUUGGAGGUGAUAAUCGAGUGGUCCACCGGCUGCAGGCCCAGAGCCGACGAUCUAAAAUGGGCGCAGAAACGUUCUUGAGAAUUAAUAAUCGUCCUCCUUUCCCUACUGUACAUUUUACUCUACGAUCGGGAUAUUUAACGUACGGCCAAAUGUCGGAAACACAACCAACAAAAACACAAACACAUCGAACCGCAAGGCAGAGACUAAGUGGAAAAAUUUGUAUAUGGGCAAUAGCAAAACAAGUCGAGUAUAUUACAUAA